UUGCAGGAAACUGAGGAGCAGGUACAUGUUAGGAGAGAAGAAGAAGAAGAAGAAGCAAGUGAAGACUUGGAUGAUUUUGUGCAUGAUUUAGAUAGAGAUGUGAUGUACCAGGAGAGAUAAGUGGCGAAGCAAUAGAGAAUGAAGAGGAUAUAGAGAGAGACAGAUUAAUAGGAGUGGAUGACGAUUUUGCUGAUUUUGAAGAUUUAGACAGAAACGAGAUGUUACAGAGUGAUGACGUGAUUGAGAAUGAGGAGGAUAUACAAGUAGAGAGAGACUCAGAAACAGGAGAGGAUGAUGAUAUUGCUGAAAAUGACUUUGAUUUGGGAAUAACAGAUGAAGAACCGUUUCAAGGACACAAUAUACAGGAAACAGUGGAGGAACAUGAAAUUUCUGAUGACCCAGCUGUAUUUAGAAUCGUUGAAGAUUUAUCGUAUGAAGUAUGUGAACUGCAGGCACAUAAUGAAUUUUUGUUGAGGGAUGUAGCUGAUUUGAAGACGGAGAAUGAAUCGUUGAAGAGACAACUUGAUUCAUGUUCGCAAUACAUGGGGGCCAUUCAAAAUGCCUAUUAUGCCUGUUCCACUCAACAUGCUGCAUCUCUGCUUGUUUCCUUGAGCACAGCUAAGACAACAAAGUUUGGUGCUGAAUUGAUUCUUGAUAACGAUGAAAAGACCCAAUUUUAUACAGGUCUGACAUCAUACAGCCUUUUUGAAACACUGUUUAAGUUAUUAAAACCAUUUAUGGAAAAAAGAAUCAGUAAAAAGAGACCACCUCUCUGGUCUAUAAAGGAUGAAUUUUUUAUAACGCUGUCGAAACUAAGGCUAGGGUUGCUCUACAAGGAUAUUACUUGCCGUAGUAACAUUUCUGAGUCUAAUGUUUCCAAGAUUUUCCAUAAAUGGCUAGACAUAAUGUAUCGUGAAUUACAACAACUCAUUGUGUGGCCUGAUAGAGAGAAGCUGUAUGAAACACUUCCAAUUCAGUUCAAGAAGCACUACUUCAAUGUCAUAUCGAUUAUUGAUUGUUUCGAAAUUUUCAUAGAAAAAUUGCUAUCAUUAGAAUCAAGGUCUUGUACAUACAGCCAGUACAAGAAACAUAACACUCUUAAAGUUUUGAUCUCCAUAGCACCAACUGGUUCUAUAACAUUUAUAUCAAAUGUAUGGGGUGGAAGGGUUUCGGACAAGGUCAUAACUCAGAAGUCAGGAUUUCUAGAUAAGAUAUCGUAUGGCGAUGUAGUAAUGGCUGAUUGAGGUUUCAAUAUUGCAGAUGACUUGGCUAUUCGAGGAGCUUAUUUGGAAAUUCCAGCCUUUACAAGAGGCAAGAAACAACUAUCAAUGGCUGAAGUUGAGAAAACCAGACAACUGGCACGGCUACGAAUUCAUGUCGAAAGAGUAAUUAGGUUAUUACGUAACAAAUAUAUAAUUUUACAGGGAGUACUUCCAAUCACUUUAGU